GAGUGUUAGAGCGGAGAAGAGAUUCGAGAGAUUGAGCAACGUCACUGCUCACACCAGCCUGGAAACCCCAUGCCUGCUCCCGCAGCUCCCCACAGUCAUGCAUUGAGAUGCUGGUCGUGUGGAAGGACACGGUCCCUGGGGCAGGGAGGUGUCCUGGUCCCCAAAGCAGGAGGACAGGGAGAGUGGGGUUUCUUGUCCCCUGUGGGGAGGGUGCAGGAGUCCUUAAAGCCUGAAGGGAGGCCCCUGGGUGGGUGCAGGAGGGUCCCCUGUACUUUCUGGUGCCCUGUUUCCUCUCCCGUGGGUGUGAGAUGGGUGUCCCCUCUCCCGUAGGCUGCCCCAUCCCCUCUCCCGUGGGUUGCCCUUUCCCCUCUCCCGCGGUUGGCCCCGUCCCCUCUCCCGUGGGCUGCCCCGUGUCCGUUCCCCUCCCACCUCCCCGCCGGGCUGGAGGCGCAGGGAAAAGGAAAGUGAAAGCCGGAGGCGCGCUUUCGCUUUCGCCGUCCCGGCACGUUCCCUUGGGGCGGCGGGGCCGGGCCGGGCCGGGCCGGGCCGGGCGCGGGGCAGCGAUGGCGGAGCCGGGGGCGCCCAUGCGGCUGAAGGAGUGGCUGAUCGCGCAGAUCGACAGCGGCCGGUACCCGGGGCUGCGCUGGGAGAACCGGCACCGGACGCUCUUCCGCAUCCCCUGGAAGCACGCGGCCAAGCAGGACUACCGGCAGCAGCAGGACGCCGCGCUCUUCAAGGCUUGGGCCAUCUACAAGGGGAAGUACCAUGAGGGGACAGACAAGGCUGACCCCUCCACCUGGAAGACGCGUCUCCGCUGCGCCCUCAACAAGAGCACCGACUUCCAGGAGGUUCCCGAGCGGAGCCAGCUGGACAUCUCUGAGCCCUACAAGGUGUACCAGAUUGUGUCCGAUGGUGCCCGGGACACAGACAAGAACAGUGACCCACGGUCCCCAGCCGGCGAGGAUCAGCAGGGCAGCACCUCAGGGAGUUCGGAGGAGAGCCAGAAGGGCACGAUGGGGACGUGCCAUGUGUCUCCACUGACCCUGCUCUCUGCCCACCCGGCCGAGCGAGGGUACCACGUAAGGGGAGUCUUCUAUGGCUGGAACCCGACCCAUGGCCACCUCCUCCCUGGACCCCCAUCCUACCUCCCUGUGGAGGAUGUCAACCACUCAGACUGCUGGCUCCACGUCCGCCUCUACUACUGCGAUGUGCUGGUGAAGGAGGUCACCACCCGCACGGCCGAGGGCUGCCGCAUCACCUCCCGUGCCGUGCCGGCUGACAGCGAGCGCCUCUACGGCCCCUCCUGCAUGGAGCAGAUCGAGUUCCCCCCGCCGCGGGCGCUUGGCGGCAGUGGCCGAGUGGCCGGCAUGACCGAUGUGCUGGAGCGGCUCCUGCCCCACCUGGAACGUGGCGUGCUGCUGUGGGUAGCGCCCGAGGGGGUCUUCAUGAAGCGCCAGUGCCAGGGCAGGGUGUACUGGAACGGGCCACUGGCUCCGCACAGGGACUGGCCCAACAAGCUGGAGAGGGAGAAGACCUACAAGCUGCUGGACACCCAGCAGUUCCUGCAGCAGCUGCGGGGGUACCUGAGCCAUGGGCAGCCCACACCGCAGUACCAGAUCCACCUGUGCUUCGGGGAGGAGUACCCCACCAGUGCUGGGCACCACUUCCAGAAGCUCAUCAUGGCCCACGUGGAGCCAGUGUUUGCGCGGGAGCUCUUCCAUCAUGCUCAGCACAUGGGGCCGACGCUGCUCCGUGACUCCCCCCAGCCCUGCACCCCUGGCACUUCCAGCCACAUCAUCCGCGUCCUCAAACAGCUCUGCCAGCCCUGAGCCCAGACAGGCAGGAGAGGAGAGCCCAGUUGCGACAAAGCCUCAGAGCAGGAUGCUCAGCUGCCCCACAGCCCCGCUCCAGCCGCAUUCCCUGAGCCGGUGUGCACGGGGCACUCAGCGCUGCGGGGCCAGACGCAGGCGGGCGGGCGGCUGCCGCCCCUGCGCAGAUUGCUGUAUUUAUUCCCCAGGAGCCAUCUGGGUGGGAUUACUGUGUGCUUGUUUGGUGAGCCAGGGCAGAGCCAGCUCCGUCUUCAUGCCUUGCACCGCAGGGACUUGCCCUUCGCGAACCUUAGAAAUAAAGGUUGUGUUUUGGUACCACUGGCUCCAGCAUGGGGGGCUGGCACUGUACGAAGGGGGACACAGGCAAUCAGGGUAGCUGAGCCCAGGCAGACCCUCAUGCUCUGGGCAAAGCCAGCUCAGUCCCAGCCGCAGGGGACAGCAUGAGCUGGCUCAAGUCCCGUUCUGUCCCCGGCCCCCAGCCCUUUGGCAGGGGGUGCAGGCAGCAGCAAGGUGCCCAUUAGCUGCUCUGCUGACCUGGCACAACAGGAGCUUGUCCCAAAGGUGCUCACCACCCGUGCCUCAGUUUCCCCUGGUGACUGGGGUGAGGGGGCUUCUGGGAGUUGGGGGCUGUGCUGCACCUUGGAGGCCAUGUCCCCAGCUGGUGAGCACGAUGUGGGGACCCGGUGUGGUACAGGGAGCUGGCAUAGAACACAGAUCCGGCAUGGUGCACAGGAUCUGGCACGGUACACAGGAUCCAGCACACCUCCAGGCUG